AGACUUCUGGGAGUACUUCUUCGCCCUUGAAGUGCGCAGGCGCAGCGCUCGGAGUGGACAUUUUGGUCUUUGUCCGCGGGUCAGUCCUUCCCCUGGGUCCACGUGGCGCGAAAGUAGGAGGGCAUCCUUGUGCAUCCUUGGAAACUGCACCUUCCUCGUCCUUCAGAUCAGGCUCAGCCUGAGUUCUAGGAUGGUAGUUUGUCCCCAGCAUUAACAUUCUAGUGCUGUGUCAUUUCCCUGUUAGCAGGUUAUAAAUGACCAAAGUCCAUGUGAUCCUCCAUUGAAGCAGGAAGACAAGCCUGGAUGGUGGAGAAGGAAGUGGAAAUAAACUCUGUCCAGAAGAAGCCUAAAGAAGAUAGUGAGCAGAUAGAGAAGCAAGAAGAUUUGGGAAGCAAGUUGCAUCCAUCUCCAGUAAAGAACAGACUGAGGAAAAGGCAAUGAAUAUAAGAAAUUUGGAAAAAUACUUCCUCUGACCUCAGAACUUUUUUUUUUUUUAAGUCAACCCCUCUUUGAACUCACCCAGUAAGAGUUUGAAAUGAAUGAUGUUGUGUAGGAAAGAAUUAUCUUUUUAAUUAGUUAUAUUCUGCAGCCACAGCUUACCCAUUGUGGUAAUAACCCCCCAUAAAGUGUAAAUCUGUGAAAAUGUCCUACGGUAAAAAAAUUUGAACCCCACUGAUAACAGAGUAUUCAUACUGAAGAGAAACCCUAUGAAUUUACUGAAUUUGGGAAAACUUCUUUCAUUCACAUGUCAUACUUCAUUAAAUGUAGAAGCCAUGCUGGAGAGAAACCCUGUGCUUCUAAGGAAUAUUGAAAUGCCUUUAUCUAGAUAACAAAUCUCAUUGAUCAGAAGAAGAUUCAUACUGGAGAGGAAUCAGUGAAUGUAAUGAAACUUCACUGAGCAUUAGAAAAUUUAUACAAGAGAGAAACCUUUGAGUAUACUGAAUAUGAUAAAGUUUUCUCUUGAAUCUCAUUUCUUACUCUACAUUUGAAAGGUAAAAUGGUAAAAAUCUUAUAAAUAUAAGAAAUGUGGAAAAAUCUUAAGCCAAAAGUAAAUCCUCAUUCAUCAAAAAAUUCAUACUGGAGAGAAACCUUGUGAAUGUGGGUAAGCUUCCAUUCAGAUGUCAAACCUCAGUCAAAAGAGAAUUUAUAGUGGGGGAAACCCCUUUGUCUGUAAGGUAUGCGGGAAGGUUUUCAGCCACAAAUCAAACCUCACUGAGCAUGAACAUUUUCAUACUAGAGAGAAACCUUUUGAAUGUAAUGAAUGUGGAAAAGCCUUUAGCCAAAAGCAGUAUGUCAUUAAACAUCAGAACACUCAUACUGGAGAGAAGCUUUUUGAAUGUAAUGAAUGUGGAAAAUCCUUCAGCCAGAAGGAGAACCUCCUUACCCAUCAGAAGAUUCACACUGGUGAGAAGCCAUUUGAGUGUAAGGAUUGUGGAAAAGCUUUCAUUCAAAAGUCAAACCUCAUCAGACACCAGAGAACUCACACAGGCGAGAAGCCCUUUGUAUGUAAGGAAUGUGGGAAAACCUUCAGUGGCAAAUCAAACCUUACUGAGCAUGAGAAAAUUCAUAUUGGAGAGAAACCCUUUAAAUGCAGUGAAUGUGGCACAGCUUUUGGCCAGAAGAAGUACCUCAUAAAACAUCAAAACAUUCACACUGGAGAGAAACCCUAUGAAUGUAAUGAAUGUGGAAAAGCCUUCUCUCAGCGAACAUCGCUUAUUGUACAUGUGAGAAUUCAUUCAGGUGAUAAACCUUAUGAAUGCAAUGUAUGUGGAAAAGCCUUCUCUCAAAGCUCAUCCCUUACGGUGCAUGUGAGAAGCCAUACAGGUGAGAAACCUUAUGGCUGUAAUGAAUGUGGGAAAGCCUUCUCUCAGUUUUCAACUCUUGCUCUACAUUUGAGAAUACACACAGGCAAGAAGCCUUAUCAGUGUAGUGAAUGUGGGAAAGCUUUCAGCCAGAAGUCACACCACAUUAGACACCAGAAAAUUCAUACACAUUAAAAACCCUAAGAAUACCUUUAAGGUGUGAAAUUUUUUGUUGUGAAUUUAUAUCUCACAGCACAUCAGAAAUAACCAUUCUGAAUCAAAGCAUCCUGAAUGAGGAAAAUAAAAGCUAAAAACUUAUGGGACACCAGAGGUUACAACGUACUGAAGAGGACAUUUUGUGACCAACAAAAAACCUAUAGCAAACAGCAAUGGUAAUGCUGAAACUUUAGAAGCAUUUCCACUAAAAUUGGUGAAGAAGAAACAUCAUUGCUAUCAGCAUAGAUCUGGAGAUCCUAACCAAUGUUAUAUAUAAAACAUUGUGUUGUGUUGGAAAGCAAGAGACAGUACUAGAUAUCAUCUACAAAUAAUAUAAAAUUCUUGUGGUAUUGAUGCGGCAGAAAAGAAGUGAGCCCAGAAACAGACUCACACACUUAUUAGAAUUUGGAAUAUUAUAGAAAUGGCAUCAGAAAAUGAUGAAGUUAUGGGACUAUUUUAAAAAUAGUUUGAAGUUAUUUUGUUGUCCAGGGAAGCAAUAAACCAUAUACAAAAGUAAAAUGCAAAGGGGUUAAAAACAAGAAUAUGAAAAAGCUAUAUACUUAAACAAUCUUGAGAUUAGGAGAGUGUUACUUCAAACAAAUCCAAAAUGCUUAGCAAUUCUCUGAGUAUAUACUCAGGAACUAUGUAUCAGGAGGAUAUUUACUGUGGCAUGAUUUGUAAUAGCCAAAAAUUGGAAACAAAUACCCAUCAGGAAUGAAAUGGAAAAUUCUUGUGAUGGAAUACUGCUAUCUAUAAAUUGCAACAUAGGAGAAAUGCACUGACAGAGAAAGGUCAUGUUGAAAAAUCAUGUUGAGAGGGAGAACUCAAAUUGCACAGUGAUACAUAUAGUACAAUGAAAUUUUUGUAAAUUUGAAUAAAGACUUCCCUCAUGAAAUUCAGUAGUAUAUAUUGCUAAUGGAUGCAUAUUGUAUGUAAAUAUUUCUGAAAUGGAUUGGAAGGAUACAGA